AAAUUCCAAAGAAACUCAACCAAAAUUCCCCCAUCACAAUUCAGUUCUCUGUCUCCAUCUCCAACUCCUAAUUCCCAUCAAUUUCUUUCUUUUUGCAGAGAACUGAUUUCAUUCCCAUCAAAAUUCUUUCUUAGAAAAAAAAAAAGAGAAAAGAAUUAAACCCAAAAUCCCAAUGGGACAGACAAAGAAUAGAGAUUUAGAAAAUGACCAAAUCUAUCCCAUGAUGAUGGAGAGUCCCCAACUUCGAUGGGGAUUCAUCCGUAAAGUUUAUGCCAUCAUCUCUAUGCAAUUGCUUCUCACCGCGGCCGUUGCUGCCGCCGUGGUUUUCAUCCGUCCCAUUCCCAAUUUCUUCGUGAAAACCACUCCUGGUAUCAUCGCUUACAUUGGCAUCGUCAUCGUCACUUUCAUAGUUCUUUGUCCAUUGUAUGCUUAUCAUAAGCAUCAUCCAUGGAAUUUUAUAUUGCUUACUCUCUUUACAAUUGGGAUUGCCUUUUCCGUUGGAAUAUCUUGUGCAUUCACCAAAGGGGAGAUAAUACUAGAGGCAGCGGGUCUAACAUCCGGAGUAGUACUGGGCCUAACUCUGUACACAUUUUGGGCCGUAAAACGAGGGCAAGAUUUCAACUUCCUGGGCCCAUUUCUGUUCGCGUCUGUGCUGGUACUGUUCAUGUUCGGGCUGAUCCAGAUAUUUUUCCCACUGGGAAAACUGUCGGUGAUGAUCUACAGUGGGUUAUCGGCGUUAGUGUUUAGCGGAUACAUAGUUUACGAUACGGACAACCUGAUCAAACGAAUGAGUUACGAUGAUUAUAUUUGGGGUGCUGUCUCCCUUUAUCUUGACAUUAUUAAUCUCUUUCUUGCUCUUCUUAAUCUUCUCCGAGUUCUUGACGAUUAAAUUCUAUCCUCUUCCUCCCUAACUUUCCACUCUAAACUUUAUUCCAACUUUCAAAAUAUUAUAACUUUUACUCCCAAAUUUUACUUUUUA